AGUCAGGGUAGUAGUAAGGAGGUACGAGUUUUGAGGGACAAUUAUUCUUUAGUUCAGUCGGUGGUGUUUAAUUGUUUGUUGCUAGUUAAAUUUUUGUCAAGCUAAAGCACUAUCCUCAUCUCAUGAAGGUAUUUAUCCCUAUGUGGAUUCCAAGCGUUUAAUAGAGUUGCAAAAACAAAUACCGCCGUAUCAUAAUUGUAUUAAUACUCUUAUGUGUGAUCAGUGUAUUGAUAUACAAAUCCUUUUAUCCCUACAAUGUGCACUGACAAAAAGUUGUAGUCAGAUCAUCCGAAUCAUCAUUUGCACUGGGUUUUAGAAUUGUGAUGCGCUUCGAAAUAUAUGAAUACGUUCAUCUUCUAAGUAUCCUUUCACACACUUUCCUGGGAACUGUCAGUUAUGUGCGUUUGUGUUUUUUACUGCUCAUUUCACACCGUGUACUGCAGUUGAAGCAGUAUCAAAGCACCACAUUACCUCUUAAAGUUGGUUUUUCCUGCUAAGAUACUAUUUGGUCUGUAAAAUUUAAUUGAUAUAAAACCACCGUGUGAUCAUUACAUAUUCAUUUGACUAUUUGUUAUUAAGGUUGCAUUUCCGUCUAUCACUACACACUUCUCAAAUAUACGUAUCUCCUAAAAAUGUCUAUUAACCAACUGUCAUAUUACCACCACCCUAGUAAGAUUAUUCACGUCGUACAUAGUGUUGGACACUAACGGUUUAGUAGAUGGGUAAGUAAGUUCCUUCAAUAUAUGGAGAAUUCCUCACAUGCUGAGUUAUUCAAUGAAACAAAAAGCCUGUAUAUUAACCACUACAAGUAUUAUAUUGGUCUCCUUUUGUUCCCUUUUGUAAAAAUGAUUUAGGUGAAGUGUUACUGCCAACCCCCUCACUUUUCAGAACAACCUGGGAAGUUAAUUGGCACUAACCACCAUUCGGGUCUCACACCAGUGAUGUACACAUUACUGCGGGGGUUGUGGCAAUAUAUAUCACAAAGGGAUGAGUUUUCUGUUCUCAUACUAGGUUUGGAUGGCGCUGGAAAAACAACUUAUUUAGAACAAGCUAAAAUAAAUUUUGUUCCAAAUUAUAAAUCUAUCCCAAUUCAGAAAAUCACUACUACUGUUGGUCUAAAUAUUGGAUACAUUGAGGUUGAUGGGAUCCGGCUUAAAUUUUGGGAUCUCGGCGGUCAAGAAGAGCUUCAAUCGUUGUGGGAUAAGUACUAUGCUGAAUCGAACGGUGUUAUUUAUGUCGUUGACUCUGCAGAUAGCGAUCGUUUUGAUGAGUCUAAAGAUGCAUUUGAUAAGAUGAUUAGAAACCCUGUACUGGAAGGUGUCCCGUUACUGGUUCUAGCUAACAAGCAAGAUAUGCAGAGUGCAUUCCAUUUGUCUGAAAUAAACAAAGUUUUCUACGACAGUCUACGUCUUGUUGGGCAACGUCAAUGCACAUUUCAUGGUGUCAGUGCACUUAACGGGGAGGGAAUAAACAGCAGUAUCAAGUGGAUUGCUGAUAAGGUUAAAGGUAACGCUAAAGAAAGGCCACCAAAACAACUUGAAAUCCCGUAACGUGUCUCCGUAAAACUUUUUUUGUUCAUAUAGUACUCAAAGGAUUCUGCGGUACUACAUACUUUUAUUUAACAUCUUUUGGCAGGUUUAAUAGUAAAUGCAUGUAAAUCUGUAUCAUAAAAAAUAUGACGAAAAUGUAUAUUAACUUAGGUUUUCUUUCAUUGUACAACAAGAUGCUUUCAGUAGUUGUAA